AUUCUUUUUUUUUACAGUGUGAUCUACCAUGUGUACUCUUAUUAAUGAACACCAAUCUGAUGGCCUGAAGCCGGCUGAAAUGUGCAAAAGUUAAAAGAACUUUUGAGUCAAUCUUUAAGCUCAUUGGCUCAUUUCUUUUGUCAAACAGUACUUUUAUUAUUUUAAGUCGUUUGUUAUCUAGAAAAAAGGUGAAUAGUAAUGCACUUUUUUUUAAAACUGAAUGUAUUACUUUACCCUAAUUGUUUAAUUUAGCUAAUUACAUUCCUCGGGCUAUUGUUCAUAAUCGGUUGUUUUUAUGAAUUAAAAAGUUUGUUCCACACUUCCUGUCACAUUCACAUUUGAAAGUUACGUAAAAAUAAGUUCUUCAAAUUGAAAGCUUUCAUGUGGUGAACUUUAAAGAGGCGCUAACAGCCCACAGGUUGUCGACAUGUCGACGCCCAAAACUCGAAAUAAGGACUUUAUAGAGGCCUUGAGUGUUCUGCAAUGGGUACUGACCUUUCUCUUCUUGGGAGUGACUUGCAUCAUCUUGAUGGUGGGUCUGAUGUUUACACCACUGUGGCUGCUUCCCACUCUGUACUUUAUAUGGCUUGUGAUUGACUGGCACACGCCUGAGAAAGGUGGCAGGAGAAAUCCAUCUGUGAGGAGGUGGAAAGUUUGGGAACACUACAGAAACUAUUUUCCUAUCAAGCUGGUGAAGACGGCCGAGCUGAAUCCAAACAAAAACUACAUUCUCGGCUGUCACCCGCACGGCAUCAUGAGCAUCGGAGCCUUUGGCUGCUUCAACAUCGAGUGCUGCGGCUUCUCAGAGGCUUUCCCAGGGAUGUACGUCUCCCUAGCCAUAUUGGCCGGACUCUUUAGGAUCCCACUCUUGAGGGAUUACAUCAUGGCUGCAGGCCUGUGUCCCGUCAGCAAGCCAAGCCUCGGCCACCUUCUGUCCAAGAGUGGCACAGGAAAUGCAGUGGUGAUUGUGAUAGGGGGCGCUGCAGAGUCUCUGGCCUCCCAUCCUGGAGUACAGACAGUUCUUGUGAAGCAGAGAAAAGGCUUUGUCAGACUAGCGCUUGAAUAUGGGGCUGACUUGGUGCCCGUUUACUCCUUUGGGGAAACGGAGCUCUUCCAGCAGGUCACAUUCGCAGAGGGUUCACUGGGUCGAAGGUUCCAGGACCUGUUCAAAAAGAUCAUGGGGUUCGCACCCUGUCUCUUCAUUGGUGAGCGCUGGGCAGUGCUGCCUUCCAGGACUCCCAUCACCACAGUAGUGGGAAGUCCCAUCCCCAUACCCCAGCGCAUCACACCCACCGAGGAGGAGGUCGACUACUAUCAUAAACUCUACAUGGACGCCCUGUCGAAUUUAUUUCAUGAGCACAAGGUCAGCUGUGGACUAUCGGAGAGUCACAAGCUUUGUUUGAUUUAGAUGUUUUAGCUUCCUCGUCACCCUCUCCAAUGGACUACACCUCGUGAGUUUGUUUGAAAUGAAACAAUGACAAUCCAUUCAACAGUACUGCUUAAAAAUUUGAGACUUUAACAUGAACAUGUCAGGCGGGCCAAAAUGCAAAUCUGUGUCAUUUUAAACACGGGGCAGCAAGGAGUCUUAACUUAAAUGUUGGCUGAAUGACAUUGAUACAUUACCUGUGUUUAUAAAGGUGUGUGAUUUGAAGACAAUGAUGCCUUUUUUGUAACAAGUUUAUAUGGCUAAUAAGUAUUUAGUUGAAGAAAAAUACAGGUUACAAUCGCUG